AUGUCGGUCACCAGCCUCAAGCUUGCAUGUCGCAAGUUCGGUAUCAGGCGAUGGCCAUACAGCCGCUGGGCUCUCAACCCCUCUGAGACACUUGCUGACCCGCCUCCACAAGUGACCCCUGUAGCAGAAGCCCCUGAGCCCAACCCCAUGGAUGCACAGCAGAGCCGCGCGAGCUCUUGGAAUGAGAACGAACCGUUCGUUAAACAACCAAUGACUACUGCAUCAGAAGAAGCUUGUGGCAGUGUGGACGAUGCGGAGUCAGAGGAUGAGAUCUCUGGUUUGACUGAGAGCAUACUAGUCUUUGACUCACCUGCAGCCUCCUUCGAGCAGCAGCGAUCGCAUCGAGUAGUUUCUGCUGGGAGUGAGUCGGAGGCUUCAGAGCAGGGCGUGGAGGAGUCAGAGUCCAGCAGCAUGUCAGGUUCUUGGCCCUGCCUCUGGACGCCGUUUGACGCGAAAGAUCGCAACUGGCUCAAGUGGUACGAGCAGUGUGAGCUGAACGUGGAUGAAAUUUGA